CCAGAAAGGAACAAAGCCCAGCAAUAAUUGCCGUGGAAAAUAUGCCUGUUAGUGGAAGCAAAGGAGCAACUUCAAGGAUUAUUGCUGCGCUGCUUAUCACCCACAAUUCCGUUGGAGCAUAGGAAGAUAAAGGUAACACAGGGGGGAAAGCUUCGAGCUGGGAGCUGACGUAUCUCGUUCUCCAGCAUAUCUAAAACUCAAGGUCUUCGUAUGUUUCUCGUAACCUGGCUGUCUCGGUUCGAAGCCCGUCCUGCAUGCUCUCGCUGCCUCGCUCCAGCAGUAUUUUAGAAAUAGUUGACCGGCUUCCUUAGACCGGAAUAUCGCUGCAUCUCUCCGUAUCCAGGUGCUGCGCUGCUGGUAAAAGGCCCCUCGUCUCCCUCUCACUCAACUUACACUGCUGGUGUAAGGCCCCGUAUCCAGGUGCUGCGCGACACGAAGCGAAAGCAUCACUCACGGAAGGGGUAGUCCCGACGCUUAGGAUUGAAUUUCACAUCGCCAUUAGACAAGAAAGCAACAUGCGAGCAGUUGCGUCGUUUGUGCUCUUAGCAACCCUUCUCGUUGUCGGCUCGCAUGCAACAGCUGAAGCUCUCCAAUCUUUAGAGAAUGAGCGGCCGGAUCAACGAAGGAUUCUGUCGCAGACCGCAUCGGGUUACAUCAAGAAGCCGACUCUGUUCGUUACCGCGAGCGGGAGCAAUGCGGAGUCAACCAUCCGAAGCGCGAUAACUCUCGCAAACUCCAAAUCAACCACGGUUCAAGUGACCCUCAAGAGUGACAUCACGCUUUCCAGUGGAUUUCCUCCCAUCGGUUUCGCUUCCGGAAUUCUUCUCAAGGGCGACUGCGCGAACGGAAGAUCCAAAGCUUGUGUCAUCGACGGUAACAGAAAGUUUCGCGUGUUCUCUGGUAACUUCGCGUGCGGCAUUUCGCUGGAGAACCUGGUGGUCCAGCACGCGCUCAACGGCGUGCACGUGGGUGGCUGCCAGUUCGCUGCGCGCCGAGUCACGUUCCAAUACAAUAUCGCGGACAAGGGCACAAGUGGCGGGGCGGUUUACAACUCUAGGGACAGCUCGCCCACUACCGGCUCCCCACUGCAGUUCACCACCUGCUUCUUCCUCAACAAUACUGCUCUUGGCAAUGGCGGCGCUAUAAACGUGGGCAGAGAUCCUGUGGGCGGGCCGGAUGUGAAGAUCGCUAAGUGCACUUUUAGUAAAAACUCGGCGGGGGGCAGUGGAGGGGCGAUUUAUUCAGAGGGGAGUGAGAUUUACCUGCGGGACUCGACCUUUUCGCAGAACACAGCUGCUCGCGGCGGCGGUGCCAUCCUCACCACAAGCCCCUCCCUCACGUCCAUCGGAACGCGUUUCUCCAGUAAUGCGGUGGUAACAGGGCGGGGCGGUGCGAUAUCCAUCCAAGCAUCCAAAGCCAGCGUCCAGUUCUGCAGGUCCAACUUCCGCAGAAACAGGGCGCCUGUGUUUCCGGUGUCGAAUGACUUGAACGGGGGGACGAGUGAUGGGACGGUGACAGUGUGCGGGAGCACGGGGCCGAGGCGAAUCAGGAAGACAGCUGCAUUGAAGGAGAUGCAGAGCUGCAGUGGUUGCACUGGCUGCCCCAACGACUGCAACGGCCGUGGCACCUGUGCUCUAGACGGGGACCUGAAUCCCUACUGCAAAUGCCAGAACCAGUACGACCCUGCUACUGCCUGCACUGCUUGCAAGAUUGGGUACACUCUCGAGUCCCGGUGCGCUGCCUGUGCCUCUGGGUUUUUUCCAGGGCAGAAGGGACGGUGCAGCGUGUGUGGCGGCAUGGACAAGAUUCAAGACCUGGUGGGAGAACUUUCCAAUCUCAACAAUGCCACACAGGCAGCCUCGCCCAAGCGGUGCCAGCAGAUGUGCCAGAGGGCCCAGGCACGGCCCAACCAGUACAAGAACUACUGCAACCUGUGGGCGUUUGUUGAGAACAGCUACAAGGUUCCAUCCUGCCGAGGCAGCUGUCUUCUCUUCAAUGAUCAGUCCGAGUGUGGAGUGCGCAAUGUGACGCGAGACGCUAGAAGGAAUGUUGUUUACCAAUUCAUGGAGCCUAGCUUCUUGAACUGUGACUAGAAGGCACUAAGUACACCCGCACAACACCAUACUCGAAGAUAACCCUCAGACUGCAUCUCAUUUCCCUCCCCAUCCUACCAUUCCUUGCACCAUGAUGGAAGACUUAGGGUUUGCACCAUUCAAGAAACCUAAGUUUCUUAUGGUGCAUUUUACAAGUUGCCCAUAGUUUGUUGCAAGUUAAUGUAGGUACUACAAGUGUACCUCUCGAGCUGGUUAUGAAUAUUGACAGCUGGU